UCUGUAUUAAUGUGUUGUCAGUCAGUUGUCAGAUUUGCAUUUGUCACCACUGUGGGAAGAGUGAAUAGAAAAUAAUUUAUAUUUUUAUUUUACAAAUUAACACGUAAUUAUAGUAUCCACAUUAGUUAUUAAAUAUUUUUUAAGAUUAUGGUAGUUUGCACUCCGCGUAUAGUGGAUUGUUGGGCAAAAUAUGUUUAUAUGUCGUGAAAUAUAAUUAAAUAGUUCAAAAUGUGGUCGUUUUUCUCUCGGGAUCCUACGAAAGACUUUCCUUACGAAGUAGGAGAUCCUGUGCCUGGAUUAGAAGAUAGAAGUGUGUGGACUUUACACAAAGGCAAGAAGAGAGGGACGCAAGAUGAAGUAUCAAUAUUUUUAUUCGAUGUUCAGAAGCAUUCUGAAACACUGUUCGACAUAGCUAAGGCCUCCCUAAAGAAACUAAAGACUAUGAGACACCCUAGCCUUUUACAUUAUUUAGAUAGCUGUGAAACUGAAAAAUUUUUAUAUGUAGCUACUGAGUAUGUAGAUCCUCUAGCCACGCACAUAGAAGAUUUAAAACUUGAGGGUCCUCAGAAGGAAUUAUUUCUUUCGUGGGGUAUUUUUCAAAUCACUAGAGCAUUAUCAUUUUUAAAUAAUGAUGGUAACAUGAGGCACAAUAAUGUGUGUCUAUACUCAGUCUUUGUUACCUUGGCGGGGGAAUGGAAACUCGGGGGUUUUGAGUUCCUCUCGGCCCAAGGAGGUGCAGACACUAGCACCCCUAUACCUAUAAAAAUAUUGCCAGCUCUUGAAAUUUAUGACCCUCCAGAGAAAAAGGAUCCUGCUAAAUUAAAAACAGUUACCAAAUGCUCUUCAGAUAUGUGGGGCCUAGGAUGCCUAAUAUGGGAGGCAUAUAACGGUCCUCUAAAGAACCAGCCAGCACUGAAGACCACUGACAACAUUCCUAAGCAACUAUGCACUUUAUACUGUGAACUGGUCAGUGCCAACCCUGCAUCUAGGCCAAAUCCAGCUGACAUUAUAACCAGGUGUAGGAAAAUAGGAGGCUACUUCAAAAAUGAUUUGAUAGAUUCUAUGCUGUUUCUGGAAGAGAUUCAGAUCAAGGAUAAGGCCGAGAAAGGGAAGUUUUUCUCCACUCUCAGCUCCCAUCUGGACGGUUUCCCUGAAGCUGUGUGUGUUCACAAGAUUCUGCCUCAGUUGAUGACAGCAUUCCACUAUGGAGAUGCUGGGUCUUUUGUCUUAGCACCCAUGUUUAAGCUGGGUAAACUGCUAGACGAUGCCGAGUACCAGAAGCAAAUAGUGCCGUGCGUCAUCAAGCUGUUUGCCUCCAACGACAGGACGACGCGGUCUCGACUUCUGCAGCAGCUGGAUCAGUUCAUCAUGCAUCUCCAGAACUCUACGGUGAACGACCAGAUAUUCCCGCAGGUGGUGCACGGGUUCCUCGACACGAACCCUAUAAUCAGGGAGCAGACAGUCAAGUCCAUCGUCCACCUGUCCUCUAAGCUUAAUUACAAUAACCUAAAUGUGGAGGUCCUGCGGCACUUCGCUAGGUUACAGGCUAAGGAUGACCAGGGCGGUAUACGAACCAACACAACAGUCUGCCUCGGCAAGAUAGCUCAGCACUUGCACCCACAGAUUCGCCAGAAGGUCCUAGUGUCAGCGUUUGUGCGCGCUACCCGCGACAACUUCCCGCCGGCUCGCCAAGCGGGCGUACUGGCGCUGGCGGCGACGCAACAAUACUUCUUACUGGCUGAGGUCGCCAACAGAGUACUGCCUGCUUUAUGCCCACUGACUAACGACCCGGAGAAACAAGUUCGUGAUGCAGCUUUUAGAACUAUAAAAGGAUUUCUCGGCAAAUUAGAAAAAGUCUCUGAGGACCCCAGUUUGAAGGAGGGAAUGGAAGCGGACGUCCACACGGCGACUCCCUCGCUGAGUAACGCUGCGGCGACAUGGGCCGGCUGGGCCGUCACCGCCGUCACAGCCAAGUUCUACCGCUCGCACUCCGACACGGCGCGAGUCUCUCACCCCAAGUCCGUUCUGUCCAAGCCUGGAUCACUCGAGCAACCGUCAUCGAGCAGUAUGUCAACAACUACAUCGUCAGUGACCUCGAUGACGUCACUGGAGCACAGUGAGUCGGCUUCCGACUAUGAUCCAGAUCAUUGGGACAUGGCGGCUUGGGGCGAGAUCGACUCUAGCGCAGGUACCGGCGCAAGCGCAAAGUCCCCGCCGAGCAGUGGCAGUGCGCAAGCGACGCCUGCGCUUGCUGCUCUCUGUGAGGACGACUGGGACAACGAGGAAUGGGGCGAGCUACAAGAACAGCCUUGUGCAGAAGCAGAAUUGGCGAGCCCUUCAGAAACUUGGAACAAUUCUCAAUGGACGGACCCUAUCUUCAACAAUGCUAACGCGACAUACGUCCGCGGUGGACGCUUGGAACACAGACCCACUGCGCAUCAGAACAGUAACGACUCCCUCGGUGGCUGGGAGGACAGCGAGUUCGAACCCAUCGAGGAAAAUGCUGACGAAAAUAACGCCUCAAAAAUGGACGAGAUGCGAAGAAAGAGAGAGGAGAGGAAACUUCAAAGACAGAGGGAGAUGGAAGCUCGUCGCUCGGCUCGGGGUCAAGGACCUAUGAAACUGGGCACUAAGAUCACCACCGCGCCUCCGCCAUUUUAACGGACAAACACGGUGAAUUCCAAAUCUAAAUUUUAAAUCAAUUUUGAAAUCAUUUUUGAACGUCGUCUUGUGUGUGAAACUGGAUUGCUGGUAACCCUAGAUUAAAUCGAAACCAGUGACGUGGAAGGCAUUUAAUUAGCCUUUUUACUUAUAUGUCUUGACAUAGGGAUGGCAACGUGAGAUAUCUCGGUAUCAGGCAAAGUAAGCUAUGAGUAUUAUAUAUCUUUGCGUCAAAUUAUAGUACUAGUUCUUAAAGUUGCCUCUCCUAUCUUCAGACAUUCUUGAUAAACUUUGAUUGGACUCGAUCGAAUCUUGGUAUAAAAUGUCCAUUCAAAAACGAUUAAUCGAGUGACUCGAUAUUUUCAAUUUGAACGAUUUCGAAUUUUGAUAUUUGAAUAAACUUGACACAAACUCCUAUAAGUUACAGAUCUUAUUUUAAAACUUUAAUUCGUUAGUGCAUAUUUUAGGUUUAAUUUUGCGUUAUUUAUUUGAAAGUGCAUUAUAAUAAAAUUAUUACUAUAUUAAUUAUUGACCGAUAGACAUUCUAGUGUUCAAAUUAUCAAACAGGAGUUUGGCGACUGUUUUAUACAGCAAAAGGACUGCGACGAAGAUUGAGAUGUAAUAAACACUCUUUCAUGGGCAUUAAAAUAUAAAAUAAUAAUAAUGUCUAUUCAUAUUUAUCAUGCCAAGUGCAAUGACCCUCGCGAUAUACCCAGCUUAUGACUCAUCUACAGUUUCCUAACGCACUAUUAAAUAAUUACUUCAUAACAAUACAAAAUCUGGUAUGAUAUAACUGCCCGUAGAUCGCUAGGUGUGGGCACAGCCUUAAAACAAAUCCAUUCAAAAGAUUGUGAGUCAGUGACGUCAUCAUAGUGUUCUGAUUGGUCGAUAUUAGGGAACAAGUAUUGUAAAUUGAUAUGCACCAAAUAUAGAGCGCUCAAGUGAGACUAGACGCCAUUAAGGCAUUAAAUAAUAUUUUCAAAAUUGUUCUUAGGCGAGACUUGUACCGCUGAACAUGAAAUUUUUGACCUGGAGUGGUGAUUUUUUAAUUAUAUCGAGAUAUGAUAUUGAAUUUUUGCGACCUCGUAUAGUCACGUGGUUAAAUCGAUAGCCGAUAAUUUUAAUCGAUAUUUUGUGUGCACCUCUAGUUGUCCUGUUGUAACCACGUGGCUGUAAGGGGGUCAUUGAUACAUAAUCGAUUGCCAUGUUUUCCUCUAGCUUGUAAUUGCGUAUGAUAUUCAAAUAAAUGUACAGAUGUAUGAAAAAAAAAUGCUUUUUUUCCUGUGGUGAUUAUGGGACUUGUGCAAUCGGCAAAUGAGGGUGUCAAUUUGAUGUAAGUUCUUGUGUGGAUGGGUCCGCUUAAAUAUUGGUUUAGACGAUACUUGAAAUUGUGGCCAAACACGUUUAAUAUUAUUUCAGUUCCUUUGGAAACAUUAUAAUGCCUAUGGGGAUAUUUUGGGCACAUUCAUUCAUAGAUAUUGUAAUUAAACCUGUGUGUUACUGCAUCCUAACUAUCUCAUUGGGCAUUAUGUUUGAAACUAUAACGAUUUAUUAUCAAGUCAACACCAAAAAAGGAUUAUUGUCCGAUCAAUUUCAAGUAUACGAAACUCCUGAAACCGCUCGUACGAAUAGUAAACGCUAUUUACAUAGUAUUAAGGCUACAUUUUCAAUAUCCAGAUAAUUUAUAUGCGGAAUGAAUACAGGUUCAACAGUACAGUUGUUUGAGUUAAAAAAUGGACGAAUUAAUGUAACAUUGGCCCAGGCAAAACAUAAACUCAUUUAUUUGUUCCAUGACGGUAAGUAGGACUUGUUUAAGUCGGCGUUAAUCGCUUACCAUCAGGUGAUUCCUUUACCCGUUUACCCCCACUAUGCUAUAAAAAAACACGCAUUUUACUUUGACAAAUAAUAUGAGAAUGGCAUAGACAUAAGACAGAAACAUCAAUGUAUGGGAUUGACACUUAAUUGACAAAUAAUGUCAAAAAAUGAUGUCAAACAAUACAUUGACUUUUGUAUCCGAAGGUUUAUGUCAUUUUCAUGAGGGGAGUGCAAUAAAACUUAAUAUGACAAGUGUAUACAGGGCGUGGCAUAAUUUACAUGCGGCAUACAUCUACUUAUGAGGUGAAAACGGGCUAAUCAAUGUGAAUAAACUCACAUUUUUUUCUCCCAUAUUUGGAUACAAGUGAUUAGAGGCAAAUGGCAUAGACUCUAGCCAAGUAAAUAGAAAAUUCAAAUGUAUGGGAGUGACAUUGAACAAUGCUGAUUAGUACGCACGUGCUGAAGUAAUGUGUACGGUACGUUGCGUUAAGUUUGAAAUUCAUGUCAAACAAUACAUUGACUUUUCGAUCCGACUUAUGUUUAUGUAUUUGUUUACAAUGACAAGUGUAUAUAUAAACAGGGCGUGAUAAUUUAUAUACGGAAAAGUUACCUACAGGCGGCUACAGGUUCAGCAUUACAAAACAAUGUUGUUACGUUGAACUAAGCAUAAAUUCACUCCUUUGUACCAUAGAGAAGUAGACAAAAAGUACGUGUUUAUGUUUGAUACUAAAAUACAUGCAUUUUACUAUGACAAGAGAUAUGAGAAUGACAUAGACAUAGCUGAAUAUAGAAAAAUCAAUGUAUGUAAUUGACACAAAUUAAGCAAUACAUAGACUUUUCACUCGAUUCAACUAAUGUUUAUGUCACUUUUCUAGAGGGGAGUGCAAUAAAACUGAAAAUGACAAGUGUAUACAGGUUGUGGUCUAAUGUUACAACAUAGGUCAAAUUUUACUUCGAGCGACUGACUGAAAAUCUUACUUAUUCCAUGCAUACAUUAUCUGGAUUGAAAAAAUCAGUGGAAAUUAUAUAAAAUAUUAUGUAUAUAAUAUUAAUUAUUAUAAUGUAUGAAAUAUCAGACUGAACUGGUCUAUGGAUUUUAUGUAUUGUAUUUGGCGUUAUAAAUGUACUUAUUUAUGUAUUUUUGUCGAGUGUAAUGCAGUGUUUCACCGAAGUUAUAUACAUCUUUUGAAAUACCCCAAUAAUGAUAUAUGAUACUCGAUAGAUUCAUUACAAUAGUUAUAGAAAAUGUUCAUUCCAUUUUACUCUUGCACAGUUGCCUUUUAAAAAGACAUGCACCAAAAUAUAUUAUCAAGAAUUUAUAAACAUACAUAUAUAUUUUCAAAGUAAUACUUCUCCGCAGCUAAACAUCUCUGUAUCUUUAUCUCAAUUCAUAUUUUAAAUUAAAAUUUUUGCUAUUCGACAAUAUUCCGGAUCAUUUGACGUAAGACAUAGACAUAGCUUCUACAUAAAUUAGUUUUUAAUAAUGAAAAUGGAUUAUUAUGAAGAAUGUUGAUCUUAGGGACGUAUUAGACCAGUAUUUUUACUGGUGACGUUAUAGAGAUUUGAAAUAUAUUGAGAACAGUUAUUUAGUGAAGUAUUUGCUACUGAGGCUGCAAUAGACGAAAAAACAUACAAAAUGAUAUAUUCUAUUUGAAUGUGUGUUAAACGAAAAUCUUAAUCUAUCCGCUACAUUUACACUUCUGUAAAUAAAACAUGUAAAAAUGACAA